GAAAUUUAAUAUCAAAACUUCAAAAUUUUCAUGGAUUUCCUUUAAAAAAUUCGACAUUCUUUUGGAAAUUUUGAUCUUUCGAGCAAUUAUAUGAGAUAAAUUGCAUCCGAAAACGAUCCAAAUACACCGAUAUAAAAAAAUCCGCGUUCUAAACGAACUGCAUUAUUCGCUGGUUGUCAGAAAUUCAUAAUUAAUGAGAUAACGUUACGAACCGUGUUUGCAUGUGAUUAAUGUUAGUUUAUUUAUUUCCAAAUUCUGACAUAAGAAGUGUAGUACGUUCGAAAAGAAUCAGCGUUGAAUAUCAAAGCAUCAUGCACUUUUACGUAUGAAUUAUGUCGCGGUAGUAUCAAGUUUUCGUCAGUUCCACAAUCAGCUUGUUCGAAGUACACGAUAAAAAAUACCAUAAUGACGCAGUUUAACAGAUUUAUUCCCAAAACGAACCCGAUCUCCGACGAGUACGAAAUUUCCAGCGAUGUCUUGGGGCUCGGUAUCAAUGGACAAGUUGUACAAUGUGUGGAUAAAAAAACUGGUAAACAAUAUGCUUUAAAAGUAUUACAGGAUAGUAUCAAAGCCCGGCGCGAAGUCGAUAUUCAUUGGAGAGCCAGCGGAUGUAAAAAUAUAGUCAGUAUAAUCGACGUUUUCGAAAACGAUUACUUGGGUAAUAAAUGCUUAUUGGUAGUCAUGGAAUUGAUGGAAGGAGGCGAAUUAUUUCAAAGAAUUCAAGAUCGUCAAGAAGGCGCCUUCACCGAACGAGAAGCUGCCCAAAUUAUGAGAGAAAUCUGCACAUCUGUCAAGUACUUACACGAUAUGAACAUCGCUCACCGAGAUUUGAAACCGGAAAACUUACUGUAUACGUCGAACGAACCGAAUGCCGUGUUGAAAUUAACCGAUUUCGGCUUCGCCAAAGAGAUUAACUCCAAAACAACCCUCCAAACGCCUUGCUACACACCGUACUAUGUAGCACCCGAAGUACUCGGACCGGAGAAAUACGAUAAAAGUUGCGACAUAUGGUCUUUAGGAGUGAUCAUGUACAUAUUAUUGUGCGGAUUUCCACCUUUCUUCAGUAACCAUGGCCAGCCAAUUUCGCCCGGUAUGAAAAAUCGUAUUAAAACCGGCCAGUUUGAUUUCCCCGAUCCUGAAUGGAGUAAUGUAUCGCAAGAUGCGAAAACCUUGAUUAAAGAAAUGCUGUGCGUAGAUUCGAAUAAACGUCUUACUAUUGACCAAGUUAUGCGAAACCCUUGGAUAGCUAAACAUACCGAAGUACCACAGACACCUUUGCAUACCGGACGUCUGUUGAAAGAAGGCGAAGAAAACUGGCCCGAAGUUCAAGAAGAAAUGACUCGUUCUUUGGCUACAAUGCGAGUGGAUUACGAUCAACGUCCAAUUAAAGCACUCAGCAACUCGAAUAACGCUUUACUCAAUAAAAGAAAGAAGAAAGCAAAUACGCCUUAUAGUGCCUGAACUACUAAUCAAGCUUUUUCUUUUUCAACGAUGACUUGCCUUUUCAUGAUGUAAUUUUUAUUCUUUUUCGAACAGUAUUUUGCAAAAUUAUUCAUCUCGAAAUGAAUUAGUGUGCGUGUGUGUGUUUUUUUUUCGAAAUUUGUUUAUUUCGAAUGUAAAUUUUUGGUAUGAAUGUUGUGUUGCGGAAGUUGUGCGUAUACCUACUGAGAUGACUAAUGUUCGGAAUUAGAUUACGUACUCAUUCAAUUCGUCGUUAACAUCUAUUAUGUCGAUGUUAAUUAUAUGUGUAAUUACUUUUCCUUGUUUUACUCUACGUUGAAAAUUUAUAACCAGUAUUAACCAAAAAUGCGUCAUGUGUCGCAUUCAUCAUGAAACAUUUUAUAUUUGUAGAUCUCAUUUUCUGCAACGAAACUUAGUAUUAAUUUUAAUAUCAAAUUGUUGUUUAGCUACUAAGUGAGCACAAAAAUGAGCCAUCUAAUGUAUCACCUGUUUGUUGUUGUUUUUUUUGUCUUGUACAAAAUUUCUUAGAGAGACUGAACUGGCAUAAAAUCAUUUAAAUCACAAUUUUUAUCACAUGAAUGUUUUUUUUUUUAAAUAUUAUAAUUUAAGAACUUACUUACUUAAGUUUUAGUUUUGUCUUAAUUUUUUUUUCUUUUUAAUACGACUCAUGAUACCAAUACGAUUAAUUUAAUAUUUUUGUGAUUUAAUCUCAUCAUUAUGCAAGCAUACGAGAGUUGUGAAAGUAAUUUUGUACAGUAAUCACUUAUUAAGCUUCACACCGAGUUUGUGUACUUGUAAUAUUUAUAUUCAGUUGCCAUGAGUGAAAAAUAACGUUACUUUGGUACGAGUUUUCCACUAAUUUUAAAACGGAUUCUUAUUUUACAAAUAUUAUGUACUGUAUGUUGAUAUCAGGUAUAUUAUUUUAAGAUUGAUUAUUUAUUUUUCGUUUCUAAAUUAUAGAAAUAAAUAAGCUUAAUAUAUUCGUAGUUGUUGACCGAUCAAUAAACUCAUCCGUCUAGGUCGAAA